CCCGCUUUUGGUGGUGAUUUUGGCCCCGGGAAAGCUAUCCUGAUUAGUGUGGCUUCUCACUGUAGGAGAGAGAAAUAUGGCGGCAAGGCGGAUGGCACAGGAAUCUUUGGACACUGUAUUACAGGAAAAAUCUAAACGGUAUGGGGAGUCUGAGGCUGUUGGUGAAGCUAUCCAGCUUAAAGCACAAGAUCUCCUAAGGACAGGCUCACGGACCAGAGCAGAUGUCUAUGAGGACAUUCGCGGUGACAGCAGGUACUCUGCCAGUGGGUCUGGAGUGUACUCACUCGACUUGGGGAGAGAAGGCCUGAGAGGAGACAUGUUUGUGGGGCCCUCCUUCAGAUCUGGCAGCCAGUCUGUCGGUGAGGACAGCUAUCUUCGCAAAGAAUGUGGCCGGGAUCUGGAACCGGCCCAUACUGACUCCCGGGACCAGAGUUUUGGCCACCGGAAACUGGGACAUUUUCCUUCUCAGGAUUGGAAGCUUGCACUCCGUGGCUCUUGGGAACAAGACUUGGGCCACCCAGUUUCUCAAGAAGCCUCCUGGUCACAAGAAUAUGGUUUUGGGCCCUCAGUGUUGGGGGACUUGACCACCUCCAGGCGGAUGGAGAAGGAGAGCCGGGAUUAUGACCUGGACCGUCCUGGGGAGGUGGACUCUAUGCCCAGAGGCAGUGGGCAAGUCCUGGCCAGAGGCCGUUCUCUAAACAUGACUGACCAGGAAGGCAGUCUCCUAGGAAAAGGGGACACUCAGGGCCUGCUUGGAGCAAAGGGUGUCGGGAAGCUUAUCACACUGAAAAGCAUGGCCACGAAGAAAAUACCUGUUGUCAGUCGUGUUACUCCCAAACCUCAGGGCACUAACCAAAUCCAGAAGGCCACCCCAAGUCCUGAUGUGCCCCUUGGGGCAAACCCAGGGCUGGAUGAAAUCCAGUUGGCUGCUCUGAAGAUUCCCCUGGGGCUGGACCUGAGGACCCUUGGCUUCCCCAGAAGGAAGCUGGGCUUUGAUGCCAUGGACAAAGCAGAUGUGUUCUCCAGGUUUGGCAUGGAGAUCAUCAGGUGGGCAGGGUUCCACACCAUCAAGGAUGACCUCAAGUUCUCCCAGCUCUUCCAGACGCUCUUCGAACUGGAAACUGAGACCUGCGCCAAGAUGCUGGCCUCCUUCAAAUGCUCCUUGAAACCGGAGCACAGAGAUUUCUGCUUUUUUACUAUCAAGUUUUUAAAGCACUCCGCUCUGAAAACACCCCGAGUUGAUAAUGAGUUUUUAAACAUGCUUUUAGACAAAGGUGCUGUGAAGACCAAAAACUGCUUUUUUGAGAUCAUUAAGCCCUUCGACAAGUACAUCAUGCGGCUCCAGGACCGCCUGCUGAAGGGUGUCACCCCCCUGCUUAUGGCCUGUAAUGCCUACGAGCUGAGUGUGAAGAUGAAGACCCUCACUAGCCCACUGGACCUGGCUGUGGCCCUGGAGACCACCAACUCCCUGUGCAGGAAGUCCCUGGCCCUCUUAGGCCAGACCUUCUCCUUGGCCUCUUCCUUCCGGCAGGAGAAGAUCCUAGAGGCUGUGGGCCUCCAGGAUAUCGCCCCAUCGCCAGCUUUCUUCCCAAAUUUUGAGGACUCCACUUUGUUUGGAAGGGAGUACAUAGACCACUUGAAGGCCUGGCUCUUGGCCAGCGGCUAUCCCCUCCAGGUCAAGAGAGCUGGGCCUCCAGACCCCCGAGAGCAGAAAACCACAACUCAGACCUGGGCUGCCAGCACUCUGAGCCAGGCAGUCCCCCAACGGGCGGAUCACAGGGUGGUGGACACCAUUGACCAGCUUGUCAUGCGUGUCAUCCAAGGAAGGCUGACUCCCAGAGAGAGAACACUUCUCCUGCAGGACCCUGCUUAUUGGUUUCUGUCUGACGAGCGCAGCCUGGAGUAUAAGUACUACAAGCUCAAGUUGGCAGAGUCCCAGCGGCUGAGCCACAGCUGGCCCAUCGCAGAGCGGAGGCCAACCCCAGCACAGUGCGCGGUGCGUGCCAUGCUCUACGCACAAGCCGUGCGAAGCCUUAAGCGCAGACUUCUCCCGUGGCAGCGCAGGCGGCUGCUUCGCUCCCAGGGUCCUCGAGGCCUAAAGGCUAAGAAAGCCACCCCUGCCCAGCAGACACCCCUGUCCUCGGGCACACGGCAGGGACACCAUGGCCGCCAGGGCUCAGGAUUCUUGUGUGUAAAGCCACCACCACAGGACUCAAGUGAUGCUGCCCAGGACUGCCUGCCAGAGCCUGCCAAAGCCUGUCCUCAGCCCUCCAGUGCUGGCGCCUUGGGCCAGGCUCCUCAGCCAACAGCAGAGGACGACUCAGAAGCCCUGCCGGCCUCUCUUCCCUGUGCCCCUGCUAAUGUGGAUGCAAAGACCAUGGAGACUGCUGAGAAGCUGGCCAGAUUUGUGGCUCAGGUGGGCCCCGAGAUUGAGCAGUUCAGCAUAGAGAACAGCAUGGACAACCCUGACCUGUGGUUCCUGCACGACCAGAACAGCUCAGCUUUCAAGUUCUACCGCGAGAAGGUGCUGGAACUGUGCCCGUCCAUCUCCUUCCAGUCCACCGGUGAGGCAGGGGACUCAGUGCAGAGCCCCACAGCCUGCAAGGAGGGUAAGAGUGAGCCAGAAGAGGGACACCCUGAGCACGAGGCUGCCCUCGCGGGCCCUGAGGUGCUGCCUGGAGAAGAAGAGGAAGAUGAGGAGGAGAGCGAGGAGGACGAGGGCGAGGAGACCCGCACCCUCAGGCCACAGGCAGGAGCUGCCAAGUGUCCAGGCUCUGAGGGCAGUUCCCCCACUGAUAGCGUUGCUGGAGAGGGGUCCAGGGAAGAGCAGGCCAGCACGCCUGGCCUGUCACAGGCCUCCUCUGGCAGCUGCUUCCCCCGGAAGAGAAUCAGCAGCAAGUCCCUGAAGGUUGGCGUGAUCCCUGCCCCGAAGAGGGCGUGUCUCAUCCAGGAGUCAAAGGUCCAUGAACCAGUUCGAAUCGCCUAUGACAGGCCUCGGGGGCGUCCCAUAGCCAAAAAGAAGAGACCCAAGGACCUGGAGUUUACCCAGCAGAAACUGACAGACAAGAACGUGGGCUUCCAGAUGCUGCAGAAGAUGGGCUGGAAGGAAGGCCACGGCUUGGGCUCCCUUGGGAAAGGCAUCCGAGAGCCUGUCAGCGUGGGGACUCUCUCAGAAGGGGAGGGCCUUGGAGCUGACGGGCCUGAGCAGAAAGAAGACACGUUUGACGUCUUCCGCCAGCGCAUGAUGCAGAUGUACAGACACAAGCGGGCCAGCAAAUAGAUCAGAGCACUGGCGACAGAGAUAAGCCUCGAAGCAGCCUUGCCCUUCCCGUCACCCUGCCCCGGACGCCUGCAGCCUGAGCCUCGUUCCAGGGUCACACCCACACGGGCCAUGGAUUCCAAAAGUUUGUGCUGGCCUGCCCUGGCUCCGGCACGCUCCUGUUCCUGGAUGUACGUCGUGAAAGUUGAUUCUGGUACCUGGUAAAACCUAGAAGAUACUUGUGAUGUCACCACUUGGACAUUGUGUUUGUGAGGAUCUAAGAAGUCAUGGUGUUGUCGGUGUUGAGUGCUUGCAAUAAAUGCAGAGCAGACCCUCGGCCUGGCUCCCAUGCUGCAGUCACUGAGGCAUCCAUGGGGGCGGAGGGUUAGGAGUUGGAGGCCAGCCUGAGUUAAUGUCAUACUCUGUAUUGAGGAACAGAAAAUAAAUGGCAUAUAGUGGCUCAUGCCUGUAAUUUGAGCACUA